AUGUCGUGGCGAAAAUCUCGCAACAACAGGAGACCCCGCUCUCCUUCUCCCAACGACGGCGCGCAUGUCAUUCGACUUCACACCGGCUCUAUCCCUUCCGUUGUCAAUGCCCCCAUUGAUGCAGGCAUUGAGAGAAUGUCAGCCGACAAACGACGGACUAUCUCAGAAGCCAUCCCUGCUUUACCUCCGUCUCCCCUCAAGCGGCUUCGUGUGGCAGCCUUGGCCCCUGUUGCUACCUCUACGGUGGAUAUAGAGGGCGACAGCUACCGGAUGGGAGUCGGGGAUGACGAUUGGGAGGAUGGACAGGCUCCCUUCCGCAGCGACCCAACGCCUCGUGUUCUUCGACCAGCGGACUAUACCUUGCGGACUUGGAUGCUCAAACAUCGCGACGAGUACUUGAGGUUAAUGCUGUGGCACGAAGGCAGGGGAGCUUCAUUACCCUCCUGCCCAGACUGUCAAGAAAACGAGCCCGUCUAUCGAUGUCGUGAUUGCUUCGGAGGUGCCAUGAGAUGCGGCUCUUGCUGUGUCCGGGCCCAUCGAGAGAAUCCCUUCCAUACAAUCGAGUUUUGGAAUGGUACUUGUUUUGUGCGGCACUCGUUAAAGUCCCUGGGCUUGCGAAUUCAAUUAGGGCACCCACCUCUUCAGGAAUGCGAUAGACCAAACCCGGCCAGGGACGACUUCGUUCUCCUUCACUGCGGGGGCAUUCACAACAUCUCAGUCGACUUUUGCGGGUGUCAUUUGUCCAGUGACCCAUGUUACAUCCAACUUCUGCGAGUUGGCAUGUUCCCCGCCAGUACCGACACUCCUCGAACCUGCGCAACGUUCUCUUGCCUCGAUCAAUACCACUCCCUCACUCUACAAGGCAAGAUUACGGGUUACGACUAUUAUAAGUCGUUAGAGGGGUUAACCAAUGCAACGGGCCUCAAACCGCCCGAUCGAUAUCAAGUUUUUCUUCGCAUGGCCCGACAAUACCGGCACCUCUUAUCGCUCAAACGGGGCGGCCGUGGAUAUGAUGGGCGAGGAGUCCUUGGAACCACUCCCGGGGAGCUAGCUAUCCGAUGUCCUGCAUGCCCCCGUCCAGGAAUCAAUCUUCCCAAAGAUUGGGCUCGUGCUCCUCCUUCUCAAGCGGGGCUCUAUGUCUUUUUCCUCGCAAUCGACGCCUGCUUUCGAUUGAAACGGAGGGCGUUCUCAAACGAGAUUCGGGACCCGGCUCUUGGAGACGGUGACCAGCCUGAAGAGAUCAACACCUGCACUGGCCUGGCGGCGCUCGACUAUGCUAACACCAAAUAUUCCCGUGGCUACAGCGCCACCGGUGUUGGCAUGGGUGUUUGCGCUCGUCAUGAAUUUGUUCAGCCAAACGGAGUCGCAGAUCUUCAAGCUGGGGAGCGCCAUGCGAACAUGGACUACAUUCUGGCCUCAAUCAUUCGCCAUCUUCACCCGUUUCUUCGGAAAAUGAUUUCCUACGACAUCGCCUGCCAAUGGUGGAAGAAGUUAUUUGAGAGACUUCGAGCCCUUCCCCCGAUGCUUCGCCUCCAUCUGGUACUGGACGUUUUCCUCAAGCUUUUCAUAUUCGUCGUACCCAAACUGCACAUUCUGGGGCAUGCCACCGCUUGCCAGCUCCUAUACUCUCUCAACUUUGCACUUGGAAGCCGUCAAACGGAUGGGGAAGGCAUCGAGCGGCCUUGGAGUAUGAUUGGGGGAGUGGCGGCAAGCACCUGCGUCAGUGGACCUGGCGCUAGGUUGGAUCUUUUGGACGACCAUUGGUCGUAUUGGAAUUGGAGCAAGUUGAUUGGGCUUCCUAAAAUCAUUCGGCGACGUCUGGACCAGGCACUGCAUGAACAAGUUGUGCAGCGAGAAGCUUUUGACGCCUUUUCGCUGCAGCAACAGGAGCGAGUGUCCGUUUGGAAGGCCAUGGUGCAUGACUUCGAAGCAGACGGGACCAAGCCCAACCCAUAUGAGGCGAAGAUUGAUGGCCUAACGGAGGCUCAGGUCCGUGAGCAAUUCGAAGAAGAGGAGGAUGCCCAGAUUGCGGCUGGCAAGCGCCGUAUACAUGAUGUUGGUCCGGUCAGCUUUUUGUCUGACCUUCUUGAUGUCGAGAGCGAACAACGGCGAGUGGCGGGCUUGGCGGAGCUCAAGAAAGCAAAAUCGACUUCCAUGAAAAUCAAUCUGCAACGUCUGCGACGAAAUCUCAAUAAACGAAUCGGAGCGAUUCAAAAGUUGCAAGCGACUUACAUGCCCAGCUCAUUGCUACGCCUGCGCGAAACGCAAACGUCCGACAACGAAGCCCUGCCGGAGAAUGUACCGUUAUUCCCGCCUUCUGCUUUAACGAUUGGUGAACGCGAAGCGGGAUGUCUAUCCGGGUUACUGGAAAUGGAAAAGGCUAUGCGGGAGGCCCAAUGUCGGGCGGCACUGGUCGGCCUACAGAACCAGCUCCUUAUCAAGUAUCGACUGUUGCUUUAUAAAACGAACCACUCUCGUAACCAGGCGAUGAACACACAAUCCCGGGCGCUCGUGGCAAGGAACGAAAGUCAAGUUCUGCUACAUUCGAAGAAAUAUCAAGCUGCGUGGCGGGCUUUGGUGCUUAUCGAAGGCGGCCGGGAAGAGGCUGUUGGGUGGAAACGGCUCCGACAAGAAGAUAUACGAUGUCUAGAAGACCCAGAGCACAUUGUGAAGAAGGACCUGAGGGGACAAAGAGCCGAAGCACGCCGAGCGCGGAAGGAAGCCGAGCUUCGUGCUGUAGGUAUCACUCCCUUAAACAUCCAUCGGGUCCAAGUCGAGGGCAAGUCGGAUGAGGAGGAAGAGGGUGUUACUGCCGUUCCUGGACCUGCACUGCCACGUUCGAGAAAAUUGCCCAUCCAGAAAGGAACAGCGAUCUGA